AUGAGCGCCGGUUCGAUAGUAGCAGCGACGGACUGGACGGGCAUCGCGAUGAAGCUGGAUCCGAGCAAUCAGAUCCUAUCCACGUGGGAUAGCAACUCCGACGCCUGUGCCAAUCCGCCAUUCAAAGGAGUGAAAUGUAAUGCGAACAAAGAGGUGAUCGAAAUUUCGCUACGCAGUCUCGGGCUGUCCGGCGAAGUGCCGCCCGAAAUCGUUCAACUCAACAAGCUCACGUGGCUGGACCUCGGCGAAAAUUCACUGCAUGGAAACAUUCCUGUCGACAUCGCCAACCUUCCUUCGCUGAUGGUUCUGAACCUCUGCUGCAACAACAUCGGGGGCGUAAUUCCGGACCUCGGCCGAAUGUCGAAUCUCCUCGCUAUCGACCUAAGCAACAAUAUCCUCUCCGACACGAUUCCCGCGUCGCUCGGCGACUUACCGCAACUUAAGUUCCUCGAGCUGAAUAAUAACCAGCUCUCGGGGGAGAUUCCCGCGUCUAUCGGCAAUUUAAAGCGUCUCAAGUCCAUCUCGCUGGCCCAUAAUCAGCUACAAGGGCGCGUUCCGAAGGGACUUAAUUACCUCCGCGAUAGCCCCGCCAAGUAUAAUUUCUCCGAGAACGGUUAUGGGUUCUGCGGCACGGGCUUUAAGGGGCUCGACACCUGUCCUGGCGACCCUCCAUAUGUCUCUAAGAAGUCCCCGCCUAAGGUGAAACCGCCAGUCAAGCCGCCCGUCGUCAAACCGCCGGUCGUGAAGCCUCCUGUCGUUAAACCGCCGGUCGUUAAACCACCCGUCGUUAAAUCGCCUCCUAAGGUUAUCCCACCAGUCGUCAAGCCCCCGCCAAAAUCACCGAAACCCUCACCGGAAAAGCCGCUCCCAUCGCCUUCCAAAAGCCCCAAACCUUCCCCCUCCGCGCCUUCCGCUUCCCCGAGUAACCCCCUGCCAACUACCUCCCCUUCCCCUUCCCCCGCCAAGCCGUCUUCACCGCCGUCCUCCCCCCCGCCUUCCGCCAACGCCCCGCCGUCGUCUCCACCGCCCGCGGACGAUCCCCAGCCCGUGCAGCCGCUCGUUCCUCUCUCCCCGCCCCCCGGUUCCGCCACCCCCUCCGCCUCCGCUCCAGCAGACACGCUAUCCAGCGUGAUUGUCGGGGCGAUUCUGAUUGGCUACUGCUGCUGGUGGAAGCCGAAGCAGUCGCGCGCGCGCGCGGCGGCAUUUAGGGCGAUUCGCAGCGACAAGGAUCUCAACCCCCCCUCCGCCUCCAAGCGCGGAUACGGCGGAAGCAAGUCCAAGGGCAAGGCGCGCAGUCCCACGGGCGCGGAAGCAGCGGGCGGAGACGCAGGCGGAGGAAGCGGGGCGGCGGCCGCGGCAGGUGCGGCGGCAGGAGCGGCGACGGGAUCAGCAAUCGCGGGUUCUGGUCGCAGUUCGUCUAAAAAGAAGUCGCCUUCUAAGCGUCACUCUCCGUCGAAGCACCACCGCAUCGACAUCGAGUCUGGUAAUAACGGAGCUAGUGGUUACCACUCGGGUUACCACACGGUCGACGUGCCGCCUGUAACUGUCGUGGAGCUCCCUCCCGAGCCUGCCGUUCGCUCGGUUCGGGAACCCGAGGCUGCAGCCUCGGCAGUGAGCGCCACAGGCUCGGGAUCCGCCGAGCCAGCGGCUCGGGACGGAGGGAGGAAGGAGCGCAAGGAGCAUACCCCGCCGAAGACGGAGAGGGGGAGUGGUAACCAGUCGGGUAGGAGCCCUGAGACGAGCCCGUCACCUAAGGGACAUAAGGACGGGUCCAGCAGGAGACUGAGUCACGACGGUGGCAAUGCUGCUGCUGCUGCUGGUGCGCCGGUGUUCGAAGCUUCUCCGCCCGCCAUCCCCCCGUCCGUUCCGCGCAACCGCGACAGCACCCCCCCGCGCAUGCCCUCGUGGUCGCGCACGGGGAACCGCAACUCCCCCUCUCCCAACGGGGGGAACCGAUCCUCCUCCCCGAACCGAAGCUACCACGGCACGCCGCCCAAACCUGCCGAGCCUGUGCCGAUCCUCCGGGAGGAGGGGAUCCCUACAGUGGUGGAAAUCCCGGUGGAUUCUGACGAGAAUCAAAUCAGACCUGGCGGAUCGAGCCGCCCGGUGCUCAUCCCUCCUGCGGUUCCCAUCCCUCAGCUGAAAUCCAUGCCGGCGGGAGCCGCGUCGCGGAAGAAGGGGGGGAGGAAUGGGGGCGGAGCGGGGGAGGAUGACGUGUCACCCGCUCCGCCGCCGAACAACAUGCGGCGGAGUGGGUCCGGGGACGAGAGGGGGGAAGGUCGGGCGGAGGGGGGAGGUUCUGGCGCGGGGAUGGGGGUUGGCGCAACUGCUGUGACUCCAAAGUAUGGCGCGGCGGGGCGGGCGCUAAGGGUAGCGGAUUUGGAGGAGGCGGGGGGAGAGGCGGAGGGGGAGGGGGAGGAUGACGUGGUGGGGGAGCUGCGGAGCAGCAGUCGGAAGGGCGGGUACGGGGGCGGGAGGGGAAUGGGCGGAGGGGGAGGCGGGAUGGGGGGAAGAGGCGGAGUUUGGACUCCCCCUUCAGGAGGAUCCGGAGGGGGUGCUGACGGGGCACCUGAGGCGUCAGAUGACGUGGCAGGGGAGGGUGCCAGCCUGGAGCGGUUCUUCACGGUUGCUGAGCUGUCAUUGGCCACCAAUGACUUUGGCAGGCAGUCCCAGAGAAAUGUUUUGGGUACGGGCAGAGACGGCUCGGUGUACAAGGCUCGGCUGCCUGAUGGGACGACGGUGGCAGUGAAGCGUCUUACCCAAAGAAACCUGGACCAAUCAGCACGCGAAUUCAGAUUUGAAGUCGAGUCUCUCGCCCACGCUCGGCAUCCGAACCUGGUGGCGCUGCUGGGGUGCUGCGCGGAGGAGGACGAGCGAAUGCUGGUGUACGAGUUUGUCCCCAACGGCUCUCUGGACUCGUGGCUGCAUCAGAACAGCAACAUGGAGCCCAUUGAUUGGCCCAUGCGCAUGCACAUCGCCAUUGGCUGCGCGAGAGGUCUCUCCCACCUGCACGAGGGGCUGGACAUGAAGGUGGUUCACAGGGACGUGAAGGCCAGCAACGUGCUGCUGGACGCGCAGUGGAACCCCAAGCUGGGCGACUUCGCCAUUGCUAAGGUCAUGGGCCGCGACCAGAGCCACGCCGCCACCCGCGUUGUUGGGACCUUCGGAUAUGUGGCCCCGGAGUACAUGAACACGGGUCUGCUGACGGAACGAAGCGACGUGUACAGCUUUGGCGUGCUGCUCCUUGAGAUCAUCUCCGGAAGAAAGCCGAUUGACAAUGGAGCUCCUCCCGACGAGAUGGAUCUGGUGACAUGGGCUAAGAAGCUGAGCUCGCAGGAGCGGCUGGUCGAGAUUGUGGACCCGCGCCUGCAAGGCAUGAUAUCUCCUGACGAUGCGGAGUACGUCCUCGGGAUUGCCAUGCGUUGCGUGGAGACCAAUGCACUCAAGCGGCCGCGCAUGACCCAGAUCGUUCACAUGCUGGAAAGCGAAGACCCAAAACAGAGGGACGACUGGGUGGCUCGAAGGCCCAGUCCUUGGUUGCAGUCCAUCGUCAGGGACAUACUUGACAUCACCAUAUCUCAGGCCAAGCCACUUCACAUCGCAUGCUGUGGAGUCAAGGAGGCCAGUUAG